AUGCCCGCGGAACCCGACUUUGACCGCGAGGAUCGCGAAGACGCACCAUUCCUACCCUCCGAAUCCAAUGCCUCCGGUAGCGCCAAUACCCACGACCACGACCACGACCACAAUGACCAUACAAAGCCCACACAACCAGUCCCGGCGACAGCGUCCGCACCGGCCUCCGCCAGCAAGAUCACAUUCCGGCUGAAACUCAUUCUCUUCGCUAUGGUACUGGCCGUGGAGAUUGGCUUUGCCUUCCUCGAUGGACCGAUGGUCCGCGUUAUGGAGUCGAUCGCCUGUCGCCAGUAUUAUUCCGAGGCUGAUCCGACGAAGAUCGGCGCCAAUGGCCAGGUUCCGGAGGAAUUGUGCAAGUUGGCGGAGAUUCAGGCUGAAUUGGCGGCGGUUAAGGGAUAUCAUAUGUUCUUCGAUGGGUUAUUGAGCGCGCUCAUGGCAUUUCCCUAUGGUCUGCUGGCAGACCGCCGGGGCCGCAAAUCGACCCUCGUUCUCGGUGUCCCCGGAUUCUUUCUAAACUCGAUUAUCACGAUCGCCGUCCUGUGGUUCUCGGAUGUACUUCCGCUGCGGGCGGUUUGGCUAUCUUCUCUGGCUUGGUUAAUCGGUGGUGGACCAGUGGUGGCUUUUGCGAUCAUCUGGACAAUGAUGGCUGAUGUGACCAGCGAGGCGGAGAGGGCCGGACUAUUCUUCCAAUUCGCCAUUGUCUCCAUGGGAGCCGACUUUGUCUCUAGCGCCCUCGCUUCGUGGCUCAUGACCAUGGACCCCUGGGCUCCGCUACUGAUCGGAUACGCGAUUGUGACUGGCGGUUUGCUAUUUAUAUUCGUACUCCCCGAAACGAAACACGCAAUCCCAUCCAUCAACUUGGAACCGCCCAAUGUCGAGCUCUCCGAUCUCACAGAAUCCGAUCCCAAACACACCUACCACAAGCCCGAGGAGGCCGGCAUGUACCACGAUGAGAGCGAUGUCGAUGUGGGCGACCACGAAGCGCACAUGUCAUGGAGCUACCCCACGCAUCAGCCCCAGUCAUUCUGGGGUAAAUGCCGCGCCAAUUACCGAUUCUACAUGAAACCCUACCUCUUCAUUCUAAACCGGAAACCGGUGCUUCUUCUUUUGACGGCCUUUUUGGUAUACCGCCUAAGCCGGGGCUCAUCCUGGUUUUUGACCCAGUACAUUUCCACGAGAUACCACUGGACACUCGCCCAGGCCAAUAUGCUCGUGGCAUCCCGGCCAACAGUUUCUAUCCCCGUCUUCCUCUGGGGCCUGCCGUACCUCAAGAAAUACGUCCUAAACCCACGACGAACCUCCACCGAAAAAGACCUCUGGCUAGCCCGCGCCAGUAUCCUCUGCCUCACCCUCGGCACACUCGGAAUCGGCCUCUCCCCCUCCGUCGCCACUCUAAUCCCAAGCAUGAUCAUCCAAACCUCCGGAUCAGGCUUCGUAUUUCUCACCCGCUCAAUCAUCACCACUCUCGUCGAGCGCGACGAAACCGCCCGUCUAUACACGGUGAUUGAAAUUAUUCAAUCCUUUGGCAACGUCGUGGCCAGUCUGUCUAUUACGACGGUUUUCCAGAUUGGUCUUCGGUUGGGAGGAUUCUGGAUUGGAUUGGCGUGGAUGAUGACUAGUUCGUUAUUUUGCAUGGUGGCGGCUGCUAUAUGGUUUUUCCGGCUGCCACCCACACCGCAGACGCCGGAGUUUGUGGUUGGGGAGUUUGAUGAGGGGGGUGAUUUGCAUGGUGUAUAG